CAGGUCACCGCCGCAUUGGAUUAUCAACAUGCGUUUGAUUGUGUUGUACCAUCCGACGAACCACGUCGGUCGAAGAUGCUGAACUUGGUGGAAGAUUCUACUCCCCUGACAGCUGCUGUGGAAGGUGGUCAUACAGCGGUGGUGCGCAUGUUACUGGAGAGCGAUGAGGAUGUGGACGAGAAAGAUGGGCUUGGGGGGGCACCGAUUCAUUGGGCUGUCUUCAACGGACAUGUGGAGAUUGGUCUGAUCCAAGCCGGAGCCGAUAUUGACGCUCGUAUGGAAUCCAAUGGAUGGACUGCCCUGUUCAUAGCCGCGAUUCACGAACGCGUCGAUGACAUGGAGCUGUUGCUAGGGUGCGGGGCGGACGUUGACGCGCGUGCAUCCACUGGCGUGACGGUCCUGUUUCACGCCGCGACAGUGGCCAAUGUGAGGAUGGUGAAGCUGCUGAUAGAUCACAAGGCCCAAAUCAAGGCCAUCGGCCCCAGGCAAGCGACGCCCUUGGAU